CAUAUUCUUUGACAGCUGCUAUGAGCAAACUGCAGAAACCGUGAAAAGCCGUGUUCGCAAUUUUUUUUAAUUUAGCUCAUCAAAUCAAAGUAUUAUUAAUCAUUAAUCACAUUCUAGUGUUAAACUAUAAAAUUUAAAUAUAUUUCCGCAAGUAUUCAAUUGCCUGCGGAAGUUUUAAUUGCACUUAAUUCAAACAAAAUAAAGAAGCCCCCACUAAUUCAACAAAGAAAAAGAAUAUAAGAUAAAAGAAAAAUGUCAGGCAUUGCUGUGGCUCGACUCGGUGAGGAAAGGAAAGCGUGGCGUAAGGAUCAUCCAUUCGGCUUCGUAGCUAGACCAACAAAAAAUCCCGAUGGAACAUUAAAUUUAAUGAUCUGGGAAUGUGCUAUUCCCGGAAAGAAGGGGACUCCGUGGGAAGGAGGUUUGUAUAAACUUCGUAUGAUUUUCAAAGACGAUUACCCAACAAGUCCACCAAAAUGCAAAUUUGAGCCGCCACUUUUCCAUCCAAAUGUGUAUCCAUCCGGUACAGUUUGCUUAUCAUUAUUGGACGAAGAAAAAGAUUGGCGUCCAGCAAUUACCAUUAAACAAAUUCUUUUAGGUAUCCAAGACCUACUAAAUGAGCCUAAUAUUAAGGAUCCCGCGCAAGCUGAAGCUUAUACAAUUUAUUGUCAAAACCGCUUGGAAUAUGAGAAACGUGUCCGAGCACAAGCCAGAGCUAUGGCUGCUACAGAAUAAUAAAAUAAAUAUAUAUUUUAAACAUUCAAAAUACAUUUAAUUUGAAGAGGAGAGUAUUCCUUUAAUGUCAAAGCACUACUCUAAAGCGAAACAUAUUAAAUUUAUAUAAAAUUAAAAAAAUUAAAAAUAAUAUUAAUUAAAAAAAAAAACAAAACAACAAAAAUAUACAGAUACAUACCCUUAAUUCUUGAUGUUUAAAUUGUACUGACAAAAACAACAACUGCAACAAAUACAAAAACAAAAGCUAAAAUAAAUAAAAACAACAAACAUUAAAUUCAA